AUGAAUGACGGGCAGUAUGAAGGUGCAAGCCAUGGCGGAAAGGGUUCUGUACGGCGCGCGAGGGAGAUGAUGAAAGCUGGCUUACCACCAAAUGUAUAUGCUGAUGUAGGACGCGGUCGAGGACCUCAGGCCCCAACCCGUCUUCCUGCGAGGCAACCACCCCCAGUUCCGGCCGCAUUCUCGCCAGAUGAACAAGGAGUCAGAGGCCCGAAUAUGGCGCCUUCUCAGAUGGCACCAUGGCCUCUGCCUGAUGAUAACACCGGAGUGAUCGAAAUAAGCAGGUAUCCUGAUGAUAUGGCUCCUCCUAGACCUCAACGACCUCCACGACCAGACCCUCGCAACGUUCCUGCACCACUCGACCCGUCGAGAAUGCAAGAAUACACAUCGAAUACGGCUUAUAACCAACCACCUGGGGUCAUGGGGUACCAAUAUGAAGACCCUCGGGCAUACGCGCAGGAUUUGACACCGGUUUCCGACCAGACGAUGUCCCCAGAUUCGUUUUCAGAUCCAUUCAGCUCUCCCGAGUUCCCUCCUGACAGGGGGUAUUUACAAAGGAAUCAGUAUCUCGGUCCUCCGUCCGCUCGACGUGGUGCGAAUUCUUUUUAUGCAAAUAAUCCCAAUAUCUCCCCCAUUCAGGAAGAAUUCCCCGAAAGCUCCCCAAGAAAACCGAUUUCCUAUGCUUCAAGUAAAGUUAUUCCCUCUAGCUGGGGAACUGCGCCGCUUGAUGGAGAUUUUCCCACUUCUUCAAGGGAAUCGUUAGGCGCCCAUGCCGCAGAUGAUGAUGAGGGACUCGUACGUCAAGCCAGCGUGGGAAAACGAGGCAAACCAUCUCUUCGCACCAUUAACAAACCUCAAAACAGUCAAACUUCUGAGACCGAAGGAAGACGUUUGAGGCCUGAAGGUCGCGGCGAAGAUAUUAGAUUCAACAACGCUGAUGUCGGUGCAUAUGCAGUUGGAGGAAUGACCCCCAACACUACGGACACACGGUCGCCAACUGGGAAUCAACAAAGAGCUUUCAACCAAAACCGUUUCAGCUCCGAUUCUGCUUCUUCUGAAGACACCUUGGAUGACUUGGAAAAACUCCCAAUCUCGAAAACGCAGAUUUUGGGUACACUUUCGGAAAAAGAACUGAAGGAACUUGAGCUUCUGAAUCAUGAUAACCGCGUUGUUUCUAAGUCGAACCGGAGUCGGCUCGACGUAAAACGGCCGCCUCCGCUUGAUAUUGAUGCGGUUCGGGAAGCAGAGGCGAGAGGGAGCCUUACCAGUCUUCCAGAUCUUAUCAGACGUGCCACCAAACUAGCUUCCAACUUGGACCGUGGAAGAACGGCUAGCAGACUUGGUAUGCUUGAUAUGCUUAACAGCGGUGGUGAUGCAAACAAAGGACGCGGUCGCAAUUCUGGGUCUAUAUCCGACAUCCUGGCGUCUUUCCCUCCUCCUGGUGCCAUUGGUACACCAACUGCUGGCUCUCGAGGCUCGGGGGCGUAUGAAAACCGGGCGAACCCAAAUGCGGCGCUUGCCAAUACUACAACGGAGCAGCCGACAAGACCACAACGCUGCUGCGGGCUGUCUCGUUGUGCAUUCAUUCUAAUUAUCGUCGUUUUAUUUCUCCUCAUUUCUUCCGCGGUAAUCAUACCUGUUGCCCUGAUCGUUCUUCCUCGGGAACAAAAUAGCGAUAACCCGGACAGGCCCACCGUUUCGCCUGCUAGCUGUGAGGCAUUACAUCCUUGUUUGAAUGGCGGCGUCAGCAUCGGCCGCGAGCCUGAAUGCGGAUGUGUGUGCGUGGACGGGUUCCGUGGCCCCAGGUGCUCUGUCCCUGGCGAUAGCAGCUGCACGAUCGCAAAUAUCAACAGCGACUAUCAAAACGCGACUGUGGGCCAUGCGCUUCCGCGGCUCUUCGACCAAUCCCAGUCCAACUUCAGCAUUCCCCUGAAUGCCUCCAGGAUUUUGGGCUUGUUCAACCAGGAAGACUUAUCGUGUACUAGCGAGAACGCGCUGGUUACCUUCAACGGAUCCAACAAGAGACGUCGUUUGCUCUCGUACUUCUCUGACACAUCGGACGAUGAUUAUCGCAGAUAUCACAGUCGUAAUCAUGUACCUAUUGCUCGUCGCAAUGAUCCUUCCCUCCCUAGAGAAACAGGUACCGUUCCGCUUAAUGUUCAGCCAAACAAGCCGACCACGUCCUCAGACGGGAACCAGCCUUUACCAGCGGAAGUCAUAGAUUUCGCUCGCAUUGCAGUCCUAUUUAUUUUUGAGAGAACCGGAGAGUUUCGCAGUGCCACCAAUGCCCACGAUGCCAUUCAAGGGCUUUUGAAAAUUGCCAGUAGUGACUUUGAUAUUGCGACGCAGAUGCCCAUGGAUUGGAGCUACGGCGGACAUUCCUUUGCGUUGAAUUUCAGAAAUUAUACGAUCCAGCUGCAAGACGGUACGAUUGUUGGGAAAACUGGGAGAGACGACGAUAAGGAGAGCACACGGAAAACAAGUCUCUAA